CAAACAUUCGUUCUAAAUUUUUGUGGCACAUAGUCCAACACAAGGGAAGUACUACGCCCCCUCCCUGCACUACACACGCCCCCAUACACCCUGGUAUGAAUAGAGUUAAAAAAUGUUUUGUGCAAAAUCUUGUUGUUGUGUGCAGUAUAUUUUGUUUGUUUUGUUAUCAUAAUCUAAAAUUUUCAUUUCAGAUAAUCUGUAGCUAAAUAAUAACUAAUUUUUUCAUACCCGAUAAAUGGACCAAUGAAUAUUGCGCAGUAUAUUCUGGCUGUGGAUGUGCGUUACAACAACUAUAGAAUAAAAACUGAUCCUCAAUUUCGUACGCUUUAUGUAAGAAGACGCUCACAGCUUUUGCGAGACAAUGCUAAAAAGGAGCAUAAUCCAGCCUUUCGUCGACAAUAUUUGAAUCUUCGCAAACAACUGCUUGAUAAAAAGUAUGGUCCAAUUCCUGUAACAGAUAGUAUAAGAAGUCAAAGUAUUGGUCUCCGCAGUCGAAAUAGUUCGAUCGAGGCGAGUUUUGACAACCUGCACUUAGAUACGUAUGAUGGUUUUCGCCCGACACAUCGUCGGUUUCACAGUGGUUCGUCACGUAAUUUUGGUAGCUUUGGCUCGUUAAAGAUGAUGCCGAUGACGGAGAGUAUUCCUGAUGAACUUUUGGAAAGUGAGGGAGUGGUACCAACGAGGAAGGCUUCAGCUAGCAGAGCGAUGGCUGGAAAUACAACACUAAGUGAGAACUAUUCUUUUUCUGGAAUGUUUCACAUCUUCGAUCAACACGCUGACGCAGUCACUGCGGUGAAGUUCGCCCACAAUGAAAAGUACAUGCUGGCUUGCUCAUCAAGAGAUUGUACGAUCUCCAUCUGUGCGCUAAACACAACUCCUCCAACGGUUACUUCCAUGUUGUUAGGCCACAAAGAAGAAGUGAACGAUUUUGAUUGGUCUAUUACAAAUGAUUUGCUAGUGUCAGCAUCGAGUGAUGGUUCUGCGCAGUUAUGGAAUCCGGCAACGGGGGAAAAUCUACGCGUCUUAAAAGAUAAUUUUGGUUCAGGAGUGAAUGCUUGUCGUUUCAUGCCGUUAAAUAACAACCUUAUUGUUACUGGGAACAAAAGGGGCCACGUGCAAGUCUUCAACAUGUCGACCGGAAAAUGCACAAAAGACGGCGUCGCCAAAGGAACCACGUCAAUUCGAUGUUUAGAAUUUGACCUUUCAGGAACGCUGUUAUGGACUGGCGAUGAAAAGGGUGUUGUGACCUCCUUUAUAUUCAAUAUUGUCACAGGAAAAUUGUCCCGUGGUAAAAAAAUAUCACUGUCUGAAAAUAACUGCAUCACCUCAAUAUCUGCUCGCACGUGGAUAAGUCGCGAAGCACGUGACCCAUCGUUACUAGUUUCCAGUGCUUCAAACGCGUUACAUUUAUAUGGUAUAUCUGGUUUCAACAGUCAUCUUCAUUUGAAAGCCUCUUUCCCUAUUGCCCAUCAGAAAUAUCCUAUCAGAAGUUCGUUUUGCCCGCUUAUGUCUUUUAGACAAGGCGCAUGCGUAGUCACGGGAAGUGAGGACAUGUCUGUCUACUUCUUUAAUAUUGAUGAGCCACAAAAACCUUUAAAUACACUACUUGGUCACUCUUCCCCUGUUUUGGAUGUUUGUUGGAAUUACGACGAAAGUUUGCUUGCUUCGUGCGAUUUAGAGGGAACUGUUAUCAUAUGGAAAAGACAGCAACUGAAAAAUGUUAAUUCGCACUAAAAAAAAGAAUCCUCUAGUAAUGGUAACUUACCGUUGAUGAAAAGACUGUAAAAAUCAUUACCAGAUGUCUGUUAGAAAGACCAUACGUAAUAAAUAGAUAUGUAGUAGUUAGACGCCUUAGUUUCGCAGACCAAGACGACAUAGAUGAAUGUCAAGAUUUGUUAUAAGUUUUUCUGUCUGUUGUUUUUUGUUGUUGGUAAACAAUCGGAAUUUUAAUGAGAAAUAUCACUUGUGGACUUGUCGACCAAGAAAGAUUAUGAAGAAUAUAUAUAACCAGUGAAGAGAGGUGUUUAAGCAACAUGGUUGCUCGUUGUUAUCAAAAGAACCCGCGAAGAGAAUUUUGAUUUCCAUCCAAAGCAGUAUAAUGAAUUAGUGGAUGAUGCAUGUAAGACAGGUGGCGAGAAAAAAUAGGCGAGAAAAACGACGCCAUCUUUUUUUUAUUCAAUAAAUUGUGGCUUCACUGCAAAGGUUUUAAAUUUAGAAGAUUUCUCGCAGAAUUAAUUCUGUUUCAACAUGUUGCAUGAAUAAAGUGCAACAAUUUUUUGACAAGAAAAUAUUACAGAUUAAUUUUCUAUUUAAAUAACGUUUGAAAUGUCCUUAAUCCGCAAAAAAAUGAAAUUCGCUUAUUGGCGAAAUUUAAACAAAGAGAUCUUAAAAACCUUACAUCCAUUAUUUUCUAAAAGAGCUUUUUGCCUUGAUUGUGCCUUGUUUUAUGUUCGUAAGAACCUUGAAAUAUGGCAAAGUUGUAGCUAGAAAGCUUGAAAAAACUAGAAAAAAGGCUUAAAAACCUUGAAGGUUUAAAAUACUCAGAAGACACCCUUAGUCAAGAUAAUUUUGAAUUUAUGAAAUAGCAUUUAUUUAUACGGUUAGAUCUAGAAAUAUCUAACAAUUAUCGUUUUAUGUAUUGAGGUUGUUUUCCUUUGUUUUUAGCGCAUAUUUUAUUGCCUGAAUAUUUUGCGUUUUCGCUGGUCGCGAAAAGUAGUGCAUUACUUUUUGUGGGUUUUUCAAAACAAUUUAUUACAAAAUUUUUCUUUUACAUGAAUGUGCUUUAUAGAAUACCAGGUUGGAAUUUUAGGUUUAAAAACAAUAGAUCUAUUGUUUAGAACAAUAGAUCUAUUGUUUAGAACAAUAGAGAAAUAAGAAUAAUGACCAGCUUGAUUGGAAUUUUGGUGUUCUUAUACAAAAAAUUAAAAUACUAAUGGAUUAAAUAUUGUGAUAAACAAUGCCUUGACGUAUCGCCGCGAUUUUUUCAUAAUUUUCUAACAAUCAUUUUGUUUCGCUGCGAUUGUUAAAUUUUUGGUUUAUUUGUAAAUUUUUGUGUUAUAUUUACUUUGUAUAUAUAUAUAUAUUUUUUUGUAAUGCACAAAAUAAUGGAUCAGUACUAACUUGAAUUGCUUUUCUAAACGUUCAACUUCAGAAAUCUUUCCAUCCGUGAUCUGUAAUUCUGUUUGUCCUCUAACACCCGCUGUCUGCCCUCUCCCGUUACAUUUGUAACGCAUUAAACAACCGAUGACAGAAAGAAUGGCGUUGCGCCCCCGUCCGCCCUCUCCCCUUUCAUAUGUAAUGCGUUAAACAACCGACGACGUAAAGAAUGGCGUUGCGCCCCAGUCCGCCCUCUUCCCUUACAUAUGUAAUGUAUUAAACAACAGACGACAGAAAGAAUGGCGUUGCGCCCCAGUCCGCCCUCUUCCCUUACAUAUGUAAUGCAUUGUACAACAGACGACAGAAAGAAUGGCGUUGUCUUUAUCUUCUUUUAUAUUGACACUCGUAGUUUGUCUUUUCAAAAUGGCUGCCAUUGCAACUUUAUUUCGAAUCCCCACAGGGCAAAUAACUUACUCAAGGGUGAACCCGCAGAUUUUACUGCCUUUCCCCCUAAAAAUGAGGGAGUGACAGAAAUCCAUAAUGGUAGACACGCUGCUUUUGUGUGUUUGUAUGUUUGAUAAAUUAUAGAACAAUACCACUUUUAAGCUCAAUCAACCAACAUGGUGUGAUUAAACCGCAUCAAAAAAAUUUUAUUUCUAGACAUUUUUAUUUUUGUUUAAGUGGUAUAUAUAUUAAAAUAUAAAUUUAAAAAGAUAUUUUAAGAAAAAAUAAAUUUAAAGAAGCAUUUUAUAAUCCAAGCCGGAAGUUAUGGAUCGUCACCCAUUUCUUCAUCAUGACACAAGUCUUCAUGAAACUUUAUAUCGCGUUCUUCAAUCAUUGCUUUGCAUUGUGGCACUCGUGCUACUCUCCCUCGCAAAUGCUGGAAAUGUCUGGGUGACUGCACGGGGGAUGACCAAAACAAGUGCGGGAUUAUGGCGCUCAUGUGCGAUCGAUAUCAAGUGCGAGCCGAUUCAGUCAUUCGAUGAUAACCACUGGCUUCUAGCAGUUCGCAUUCUUACGCUAGUAGCUAUUGCUUUAAAUCUUUCAGCAUUCGCAAUGUCAUUAUGUGGCAUUCGUACGAAGUCGAUUAGAUGUCGUUCGGUAUCGAUUCAAACAUUCGUCGCAACUUCGCUCGAAGUAGCAGCAUUAACGUUAUAUAUGAAAAAAGUCAUUGGUAACAAGGACAGCCAUUAUGGAUGGUGUUAUUUUAUUGGUUGGGCAGGCGCUCUGUUGGAUCUUAUAGCCACUUUGAUUGGUUUGUCGUUCGAAUAUAAGCUGAAAAAAAGUAAACGAAAAGAAACGCGGGAAAGAUGACUUGUAAACCGUAUACGGCCAAAUUUUGGCUCAUGGACCAAAAAGCAUUUUUAAAAUGUUUUGCAAUUAUAAUCUGAAAAAGUAGUCAAAAUUUUUGUACAUGACCUGAAUCUUUCUAUAACUACUCGACAUGCUCAAUUCAGCAGCAAAUCAGGGGGAAAUGGCGUUGAAAAUUUACACGUUCUCUUUUAGCUCGAGAUAUCGAGCUGGAGUUUUGUCUGAUCUAGUCUCAGUUAAUUAAGAGGGGUUCAGGACUAAGUUUUUCUUAAAAUAAUUUCAUAGCUAAUAUUAACUGAAUUGGCACAAUGUACAGUGGUACAAUGAUGAAGUGGAUUUUCUGUUUUUUUAACAUUGGAGGGGGCAAUAAGUUGAAACGGGUGGUAAAAUUUUCUUAAAUUUGGUGUUGUACCCUACACUCUAUUGGGUUUUGAAAGUGAGGACCACUUGAACAAUGUUCACAUGUGUAUCAAUAUGUUAACAUUGUGUGCAAUGCAAUUCAUUUUUAGAUAAUACACCUUUCCCGAGACCAUGAGUCAUACUUUUUUUAAAGUCGUAAAAUAUGAAUACCGUAUUUGAAUUCAGCAUAGUUUGUUUAAUUUAUGUGUAAAAGUUUAACUUGAUACGCCAACAGAAAGUGCUAUUUUGAGGAGAUAUAUAUCACAGUUAAAGUCUUCUUAAUGCUCAAGUUACCAUGUCCCGCCUCGUUUUCAAAAAGAGGUUGGACAUGCCACAAAUCUUUAAAUUAGAAUAGCAAGUUGUUUACUUGCUGCAUUGUUUCGAAAUUUUCUUUGUUUAUGACAUUUUUGAUAAGGAAUUCAAAUCUGUUGUCCGUUUUUCAUAAAACUCAACAGAAAAAGUUGCGGCACAUCAAAAGAAUAAGUCUCGGGAAAGGUGUAUUGUCGUUCAUAUUUUGCUCGACGGUUACUUUGCUCGAUGGCUACGAUUUCUACUAUGAAUAAUUUAAUUUUGUUUCCCGUUAA